GGCUCUUUUUGUAGUCUCUCCAGGGGAAAAAAUGUCUGCAGCAUGCGGCUUCGUUUCACUCCACACUGGGCAGAAGAUGCCUCUCAUAGGAUUGGGAACGUGGAAAAGUGAACCUGGCCAAGUGAAAGCAGCAGUGAAAUACGCCCUCAGUGCAGGUUAUCGCCACAUCGAUUGCGCAGCAGCUUACUGCAAUGAAGCGGAGAUCGGUGAAGCUCUCCAGGAAUGCCUUGGGCCCAACAAGGAUAUUAAAAGGCAGGACCUGUUUGUAACAUCAAAGCUCUGGAAUACCAAGCACCACCCAGAUGAUGUAGAGCCAGCAUUAAGGAAAACACUUGGUGAUUUGAAACUGGAUUACCUGGAUCUGUACCUCAUGCACUGGCCUCACGCUUUUGAACGAGGAGACAAUAUCUUCCCGAAGAAUCCUGAUAACACGAUGCGUUAUGAUUACACUGAUUACAAGGACACCUGGAAGGCUAUGGAGAAGCUGGUAGAGAAAGGUCUUGUGAAAGCCAUUGGGCUGUCAAACUUCAACAGUCGUCAGAUUGAUGAUGUAUUAAGUGUGGCUACUGUGAAACCAGCCGUGCUGCAGGUAGAAUGCCAUCCUUACCUAGCUCAGAAUGAGCUGAUAGCUCACUGCCAGAAGAGAGGAUUGGUUGUCACUGCCUACAGUCCCCUUGGUUCUCCAGACCGCAUGUGGAAACACCCAGAUGAGCCUGUGCUUCUAGAGGAGCCUGGGAUCAAAACACUGGCAGAAAAAUACAGCAAGUCACCUGCACAGAUCAUCCUCAGAUGGCAAGUGCAGCGUAAAGUGAUUGCCAUUCCCAAGAGCAUCACUCCGGCUCGCAUUCAGCAGAACAUCCAGGUGUUUGAUUUCAGUCUCACAGAGGAGGAAAUGAACCACAUUGGAAGCCUGAAUAAAAACUGGCGUUACAUUGUGCCAAUGAUUACGGUGAAUGGAAAGCUAGUAGCAAGAGAUGCUGGACAUCCCUAUUACCCCUUCAAUGAUCCUUAUUAGCUACUGGAAAAUGAAGUGUUAGAGUAACAUGCUCCUCUGCAUGCCCUUCCUCAAAAUAAUUGUUGCUAAAUUUGCCAGAACACCUAUCCAGAAAAAUCCUUCUUUCCUGAGUAGAUUUUCUUACAAUAUACUGCUCUGAUAGACCUCUUCUACAGAGAUACUGGAGCUUCCACGCCAGAGUUUGUUGAUUUGUGACAAUGAAUGCAGGCUUGCUCCUGGAAGCAUCAAAUCUUUGGGGAACUAGAGAGAGUAGGUGAGUCUAAAUCAAGUUCUAAAUAUGUCAUUAUCAGGCUAGGGCAAUUCUUUGGGUUUAUUGCCUGUGAAACAGUUUUGAAAGUUUUAGUUAUUACCGGGGAGGGGGGGAAAGGUGAAGGC